GAUUUGGGCAAGUGGCUUAAUUUCUCACUCUCUUGUUUGGCUCAUCCACAAAAUAAAUAAAAUCAUUUCAGCUCUGCAUAACCUUCCAGAUUUGGUCUGGGGGUGAAAAGCAUGUUAUAGUCUCUGAAAGAGACAUUAAAUAGAGAUUAUUAGAGUGGAAAAGGCUUUGGAAAUCAUUUAGUUCAAUUCCCAAAUUUUUAUGGAGAAAAAAACUGAAAUAGAGCAUAUUGAUAUCAAUUUUGCUCCAUUGCAAGUGACUGGGACAGCGUAGGAGGUAGGAAAAGGGUGGAAUAGUCUACCAAACAGGUUAAGUAAGCUAGCUCUACCUCUUAAUUCUCAACUCCAACUCCAGGAGCAGGUUAAAGAAAACCCUGAAGAUGGCUCUUUUUAUCAUCUUUCUCCUAGGGAUGUUUCUUCAGCACAACCACUCAGCUGGAACACCACAUUUGGGACACGAUUGCUGUAUCACCUAUACAAAGGCAGCCAUUCCCUUCUCUAAGUUGGUGGCAUGGUUCAAGACUCCAACAGAUUGUCGCAAGGAGGCCAUUGUGUUUGUUACUGUUCUAAAGAAAUCCAUCUGUGCAAACCCCAAUGAAAAGUGGGUGAAGAAGGCCAUCAGCUUCUUGGCCAAAGGCAAGAAGAGGGCUGACUCUAAUCCUGAAACUAACUCAGAUCCACAAAACUUGAGUCUAUUCAACCCAACUCCAGCCAGCUCCCAAACACCAUUCAACAACUCAGCUCAGCUCCCUUCAGGAAGCCAACUUAACUCCACUUGGCAAACCAAUUCAACUCAACACGUCAACUCAACAUCUCUCACUAGCUCUAGUCAUCUCAAAAACUAAACUCAACACCUUAACUAUUGUAUUAAAUCUAAAUGAGUUGGGGUCUAUAGGGACAGGGGAGAUUUGUGGGGAGGGGGAGGGACCCUCUCUUCUCUACAUAUUAAAGUUUUGUUUCU